AUGGCCCACGAUAAACCAGAAGUACGCUCUACAGAUGAGGAGAUUGGAAGCCAUACUUCCCCUCUCACACAAAAGCAGCCAGUCAAAUGGUAUCGUUCGACAUUCUACAAUGCUCUGAUCCUCGGGUUGUGUAAUUUUCUAGCCCCGGGGAUCUGGGGGGCCAUGAACUCAGUCGGCGGAGGAGGCUUAGAGAAGCCGUAUCUCGUCAACGCAGCUAACGCGCUCACGUUCUGCCUCAUGGUACUUUCAUGCUUUUUUGGCAGUGUGGUCGUCCGCUACAUCGGUAUCAAAUGGACUCUCAUCGUCGGCACCAUGGGAUACGCCCCGUACGCUGCGGGUUUAUACACCAACAACCGUUUCGGCACCGAAUGGUUUGUUCUCUUCGGUGCCGCUCUUUGCGGCAUCUCAGCUGGUAUUUUCUGGAUGGCCGAGGCUGCUGUUGCCAUAUCCUAUCCAGAACCACACAACCAAGGCCGCUUUCUCGGCUUCUGGCUGAGUUUUCGAGUCGGCGGUCAAAUACUCGGCGGAGCGAUUAAUCUGGGCAUCAACUCCAAUCGCAACGAAGCAGGCAGUGUUUCAUACUCUGUACUUAUUGUUUUCAUUGUUCUUCAGGCACUUGGUCCAUUCGCCGGAUUGCUGAUGAACUCACCUUCCCGAGUGCAGCGCACGGAUGGGCUACCUGUCAAACUUCGCAUUGCGAAUAGCCCGCUUUACGAAAUCAAAGCUACCGCAAAGCUCUUCUGCAGUCGCAACUUCCUUCUAAUCGUCCCUCUAAUCAGCCAAGCGGUAUUCACAGAGGCCGUGAUGUUCACUUACCUCUCGCUGUGGUUCUCUGUGCGGGCGCGUGCUUUGGGCUCCUUCCUCGGCGGUAUCAUCGCACUCAUCCUCGGGAACUUGCUGGGCGCUUUCUUAGACACGAAAAGCAUUUCGCUCAAAAUGCGGACCAGGGGCGCUUUCGCGACGAUCCUCACGUUGCAGGGUGCCUGGUGGGUUUGGGGCACUAUCAUCGUUACUGAGUUUCGGAGAACUCAGCCGACCUAUGACUGGACGGAUGCAGGCUUUGGUCGUGGAUUCGCACUGUACUUGUUCUGGGUUGCAGGAUUCCAGUUGAAUUAUAUGUUCCUGUACUUCCUUGUUGGAAACCUCGCCGACGAUGAAGAGGAAGUUAUUCGUAUCUCGGGCUUGCUUCGGGGCACGGAGUCGGCCGCUCAGGCGGUUUCUUAUGGGCUUAACAGUGUCACGAUCAUGGCAUCGGUGGGGAGUGUGUAUCUCAACUUUGGGCUGUGGGCCAUUUCGCUAUUCCCAGCAUGGUUAGUUGUCAAGCAUGUUGGCGUGACCUUGCGGGAUAAGAAGAUUGAGCGGGAGACGAGAGUGGAUUAG